AUGACUGUGCAAAUGGCCCUUCCCUUCGUGACCGUGGUGGUGGGUUCCCACAACGAUACAGGCCAGUGUAACGUGCUGUCCGCUGGCCAGCACUCGCAGGAAGCCAGUUUCCCCGCGCCGACGCCCGACGCCCCUCUACGGCCGGGAGAACCUGCCUGGGCCAAUUACGUCAAGGGUGUUGUCGCCAAUUUCCCAGGUCGUGUGAGAGGUUUCGAUGCCGUCAUAGUGUCGGACCUACCCAUGGGGGCGGGGCUGUCCAGCAGUGCAUCGUUGGAAGUAGCUGUUUUCACCAUCCUUGAGGAACUCGAGGGAAAGAAGGUUGAAUUCCCUCUUUCCAGAUUCUUCAUAAUAACGUUCCUGUUCCCUCGCACAUGGCUGCUAUACGUGGCCAGCGUGUGCAUCGGCGCAGGCGCAGCCGCCAUCUGGACGGGGCAAGGGAACUACCUCACGCUGAACAGCGAUGCAGACACUAUAUCCAGGAACUCUGGAGUCUUCUGGGCUAUGCUCCAGUGCAGUUUGUUCUUCGGGAAUCUGUUCGUGUUUAUAAAGUUCCAAGGCAAGAGCCACAUCGAUGUAGAGACCCGGAAUGUAGUCUUUGGAGCGCUAACUGGGGUUUGCGCUGUUGGUAUUGUCUUCCUGCUGUUGCUGAGGCCUACCAGGCGGUCGCCGACUUUGGAAGAUGCCAAGACGGAAUUGGGUAGAAGCGAAGAGGAAGGCCCUAUGGAAGCCUUCAAGGGAGCCUUGAGGCUGUUCUGUACCAGAGACAUGCUACUGCUCAGUGUCACCUUCAUCUACACAGGUGUGGAGCUGUCUUUCUUCAGUGGUGUGUACAGUCCGAGCAUUGGUUUCACACUGGCCAUGGGCGAAAACGCGAAGCAACUGGUCGGCCUUUCUGGUGUCUUCAUCGGUCUAGGAGAAGUUCUUGGUGGAGCUCUCUUCGGUAUCCUCGGCAACAAGACCACUCGCUGGGGCCGCGACCCGAUCGUCAUCAUGGGCUACGUGAUCCACCUGAGCAGUUUCUUCCUAAUCUUUAUUAACUUGCCCAAUGAGGCUCCUUUCGGAGACACCAACGAAGUGUCUUACAUCAACCCAUCGCCAUACUUGGCUAUGCUGUGCAGUUUCUUACUAGGCUUUGGAGAUGCGUGCUUCAAUACCCAGAUAUACUCGAUCCUCGGAGGAAACUAUUCUGACAAGAGCACAUCAGCCUUUGCGCUCUUCAAGUUCACUCAGUCAAUGGCGGCAGCAGCUUGCUUCUUCUACUCGUCGCGCGCGUACCUAUCAGUGCAACUGGUGAUCCUGGCAGUCCUCGCAUCGCUUGGCACAGCCUCCUUCUGCCGCGUGGAAUGGGGAGCGCGGGCGCGCGCGCGGACCCAAGCGUUGGAAGCCAUCGACGACAAGAUUAAUCCUGCGGCGCACGCGCUUGCUGAUAAUGCGCUGCAUUACGACUGAACCACCUCCUAACUAUAUUACAUUGGAUUCGUUUGCAUAGGAUGAAUAGGGUGUUUGCCACCACCAAUCAGUUGACGUACUUUUUAAAACUGUCAAAACGAGACUCCUAUAGAUUUUGUAUGGCAAUACUAGCCAGUGACGUCAUUAUUUUGUCAACUCAAUUGAAUUACUUUUUUAAUUAGGUACAAUGCAACCAAAUAAUCUUAAUUAAUUUUUUAAGAUCAGAAUGAAGUGCCUUUUAAAAAAAGUUGUGCUUUAGAAUUAUUAGGGAGUGGUGGCAAAUACCCAAUUAAUUACCUGUACAUCUUUUAGUUCGGUCGUAGUGUAACAACAUCGAUUCGUUUGCAUCGGCUGGAUUAUCUAUGUUUAUGUAUUCUAUGGUAAGGAAGUUGUUUUGAUUUUUAGAAUCAUGCGAUUUGAUGGAUCCCGUGCAUUAUUUAAUUUUUAAUGAUUCUCUUUUUGGUGUACAAAAUAGAUAAAGCCCGAUACCUAAACAUAUCCCAUACUUACAUGCUUUUCAAAACGUUUACAUGGCGAUAUUCUUCUUUUUGUUUACUUGGGAUUAAAAAGAAAACUUAUUUUAGUUAUCAAUGAAACAUUCCAAAAUUAGACCUAAAUCGAAUGACAUUUAUGUAUUCUAAUUUGUGGAUUUUUUGGUAAAUGAGUUAUGGAGGCUUUUUUGAGGACACCUGUUUUUUUUUCUUACCACAUGAAGACUAUACAAACGUUCCUUAUAUCAUUAUCAAGUAGAAUAAUUUUUGAUCUUAAAAAAAGCGUAGUUAUGCCAAUGUGAGGUUUGACUCCAGAAUGAAGGCUACUAUUUUUAAUGCCGCUUUAAAAUAGUAAUAAACUAUUAUGAAAAUUAAAGAAUAGCGUCAAUAGCUCCGGAAAAAAUAUAUUAUUUAAAAUGACGCUACAUGUUUUUAUUUAGCAUCUAUUUAGACUUAUGUGAUAAUUUUGACUUUUGGUCUAUCUUUAUUCAAAUACCCUAUAUUAAUUAAUUUUACUAACUAAUUUAACUUUAGUGUAAGUCAUAUCAUAUGUGUAACUAUUCCUAAUAUUAAUGUGUGUGAGUAUUCUCUUCAUAUAACCAUUGGCUAACAGUAUUUUAAUAUAGUUUUAAGUAAUAUGUAUAUCACAGUCAUCAAAAUGUUUUUCAUUUGGAUUCUAAAUCACAUCAUUUUAUACCAAUGUAAUAGCUACAGUUGUAUAAAAUUAAUACUGAUGUUGUGUCUAAAUCAAACAUUCCUUUUGUAAUAUUUUUAAAGAGAUUUUAAGUAUUCUAUAUAUUUACAGACUAAAAAAAAUAUUAUAUUUAUAAGUUAAGACUGCUGUGACCAUAAAUACCAGAGAGAAUGUUGUUUAUACAUAUGCCUAGUGUAAGGUUUUAUUAUUUGUUGAUUUUAUUCAGAUUUAUUUGCUUUAUUUCGAAUACUAAUUAAAAACAGCAGCUUGAGUGCGAAUAACUAUACAUAAGCAGUUAUUUCAUAAUGUUUACCUAUGUGUAAAUUAUUAUCAUUUUUACAACAUAAUGGUUAGACAUGUAGGUUAUUCUAUUUUUCUUAUUUGAUACAGUUACUAUGAGAUGAUACUUGAAUACAGGGUUAUGUAGAUUGUUGUAUGUUUGUAACCAAAAUUACUGAAAUUGUAAAUGCUUUUAAAAUAAACACACCCUAAGUAGUUAAUGUGAUAAUUUUACAUGUGGAACUUAAAAUUUGUCUUUGCUUUGAGAAAAAUAGAUGAAAUUGCUGCUUAGUAAAGGAAAAUAUCACCUGUGCUAGUGAAUGUAAUUUGAUAUCUGUUAUAAUGAUAUUAGAUGAUAUUUUAUAUUGAUGGAAUGUAAAGGUGCUGCUAAAUUUUAAAAAGGUUAUUAUACAUUUUGUAAAUAAGAGUAAUUUAUGAUUUAAAGAAGAAUGAUUAUGCAUAAUCUAGUCCUUAAGCAUGAGAUAAGAAAGUGUUAUUUAAUUUUUCACAUUCUUAAUGAAAUGUUUAAAAUCAAAAAUGAAGUGAUCACAUGCAUAAAGUUCAAAGACAAAUCAUUCCAUUAUGGUGAGCAUUUACAACUGUGACUGCUAAUGAAUUCAAUAUU